AUGACGGACGCAAGUAAUGUUGAUGAUGCUGAAAUAGCCCGUCAAGAGGCAAUUAAUAAUAAAAUGAUGGAAGCGGCAGAAAAAGUAAUGAAUGCCAACCUUCCCAAGCUAGCUCAAGAAGUUGAGAGCCGAGUUUUAGGGAUUGUUGACGAGAUGAUGGCUAGCAAGAUUGAGGAGCUAAAGGAAAUGAUUGAAGGAUCCAGAACUAAAAGUAAGGAACGAAGGUGUACAUAUAAGGAUUUUAUGGCGUGUAAUCCCUUUUCAUAUAAAGGAGAGGUGGAUCCAAUAAAGUGUCAAAGAUGGAUAGCCAACGUUGAAGCUGUGUUUGUGCGUAGUCGAUGUGAGAAGGAAGAUCAAGUAAUGUUUGCUACGGGUCAACUUCAGCAACAAGCAAAGGAUUGGUGGGAUACUAAAUGUAAAGAGAUAGGGGAAGAAAGACUCGAAACCUUAACAUGGCAAGAGUUCAAAGAGCUGUUCCUAAAACAUCAUUGCCCACAGUCGGCAAUUGAUAGAAUACAAGAUGAGUUCUUGCAUCUUCGUCAACAGAAUGAGUCUAUUGAUGAAAUUACCAAUAUAUUCUAUGAUAAGUUGAAGUUCUGUGAUGAUUUCGUCAAAUCUGAAAGGAUGAAGAUCAAUCGGUACUAUGGAAUGUUGAAGGCUGAGUAUAGGGAGUUCAUUACUCCUUCAAAGUGUGAAACUUUGGGUGAACUCAUCAAUUUAGCCCGGGAUAGGGAAAUAGAACUGAAGCGACAAGUGGAAAGAGGAGAGAAAAGAGUUGCUGAAAAGCCAUCAGCUACGAGUCCAUCCAAGAAGCCUAAGCAACACGACACUAGAAGUAAAGGAGGAUCGAAAAGUGGUAUUACCCCUUGCAAAACUUGUGGAAAGCUUCACACCGGAGAAUGCUUAAUGGCAAAGAAGGGGUGUUAUAACUGUGGACAGGAGGGACAUUCUUACUUUAAGUGCCCUAGUCCCGUGAGGACGUGUUUCAAUUGUUUCACUCCCGGUCAUGUAAAAGCUGAUUGUCCAAAGCUUAAACAACAAGGACAGAAGGAUGAAAAGAAGAAUGAAAAUCAGAAGGCUCGGGGAAGAAUGUUUCAGAUUACCACCGAGGAAGCUAAGGCCUCACCGAAUGUCGUGUCAGGUAUUUUCUUAAUCAACCAAAUACCUGUGAAUGUGUUAUUCGAUUCUGGUGCUAGCAAAUCUUUCGUGUCAGACGAACUUAUGUGUUACCCCUCUUUUAGAAGGGAACGAAUGUCUGUACCCUUAGAAGUAGAAGUAGCGGAUAGUAAAAGUUAUUUGUUAUGUGAAAUUUGUAAGAACUGUAAGAUAACCAUAGAAAAUGAAGAAUUUGAAAUAGAUCUCAUUCCUAUGACUUUGGGGGAAUUCAAGGUGGUAGUCGGGAUGGAUUGGUUAUCCCGCUAUCACGCGGAAAUUCGAUGCGAGGCGAAAGUUAUUCAUGUAUUCUCACCUAGUGGGGCUCGAAUAAGCAUUUGUGGGGAAAGAAAGUUAGAAACAAAACUGUGCACGAUUGUCGAGGCGGUGAAGCACGCAAGAAACGAGGGAAAGGUUUACUUGGUUUAUGUAGUGGAUACAAGACAGAAGGUGCCUGAAAUUGGAAAAGUAGAAGUGGUGAAUGAAUAUGUGGAUGUGUUCCCGGAUGAGUUACCGGGAUUGCCACCUGAGCGAGAGGUGGAAUUCCGAAUCGAAUUAAACCCGGGUGCCAAGCCAGUGGCUAAAGCUCCUUAUAGAUUAGCUCCCACUGAGAUGCGAGAGCUAAUGACACAGAUACAGGAAUUACUCGAUAAGGGUUUCGUACGCCCGAGUGUGUCGCCUUGGGGAGCCCCGAUCGAUUUGCGUUCGGGGUAUCACCAACUUCGGGUACGGGAAGAAGAUGUUGCGAAAACUGCGUUCAGGACCCGAUACGGGCAUUACGAGUUUUUAGUAAUGCCAUUCGGACUGACUAACGCCCCGGCCGCUUUCAUGGAUUUGAUGAAUAGAGUAUGUCGGCCCAUGCUGGAUAAGUCUGUUAUAGUAUUUAUAGAUGAUAUCCUUGUGUACUCUCGCAGUAGAGCCGAACAUGCAAAUCAUUUGCGUGAAGUGUUAGAGAUUCUUCGGAAAGAGAAGUUAUACGCUAAGUUUUCCAAAUGUGCCUUCUGGCUUAGAGAGGUGCAAUUUCUUGGCCACGUCAUUAAUAAAGAUGGUGUUUUGGUAGACCCAACUAAAGUAGAGGCUGUUGUGAACUGGGUUCCUCCUAAGAACCCGAGUGAAGUGAGAAGUUUUCUGGGAUUGGCUGGGUAUUACCGAAGGUUUAUACAGGAUUUUUCCAAAAUAGCGUUGCCUUUAACCAGACUAACCAAGAAGAAUGAGAAGUUUGUGUGGGAAGUUGAGCAAGAGAAGGCAUUCCAAACCUUGAAGGAUAAGCUGUCUGACGCCCCAAUUCUAACCUUACCCGAAGGUUCAGAAGACUUGGUAGUAUAUACUGAUGCUUCACAUCAGGGCUUGGGGGCUGUUUUAAUGCAACGGGGUAAAGUGAUAGCAUAUUCUUCAAGGCAGCUUAAACCACAUGAAAGUAACUACCCAACACACGAUUUAGAAUUGGCUGCAGUAGUAUUCGCGUUGAAAUUGUGGCGACAUUAUUUGUACGGAAUUAAAAGUACCAUAUAUUCGGAUCACAAGAGUCUCAAGUAUUUCUUCGAACAAAAAGAAUUGAAUAUGAGACAACGAAGGUGGUUAGAAUUAAUUAAGGAUUAUGAUUGUGAAAUCCUUUAUCAUCCCGGGAAAGCCAAUGUUGUAGCAGAUGCGUUAAGCCGGAAGGAAUACCCAUCACCCAUACAAGUUAAGUCAAUGAAGAUGACUGUCACCCCUAAACUUUUGGAGGUAAUCAAAGAGGCUCAAAUGAAAUCCUUAAAUGGUGAUCCGAAGAAGGAAAGAAUGAAAGGCCUGAUUGGGGAAUCUGAAGAUGAAAUGCGAAAGCACUACCCAUCUCUUUUUGGUACGUAUUAA